AUGCUCCGCCAACUCUUAAUUUCAUCGUAUCUUCUAUUCCUGUCAGUUGCUUCCCAAGGCUACAACUGUUCAGGGAAAACAGUGGUGAAUCCUCCAAAGGACCUCAGUGAGCCGUACUAUUUCCCGAAUGAUUGGAAUGAAUCGAUGCCUUCAGCCAAAUAUAAUCAAUCUCAAGACUGUAACUGGCGCUUAAUCGUACCUAACGGGAUGUAUGCGACAGCCAUAUUUUAUAGACACACGAACAGAACUGGAAGCUUUACUUUUGUUUACCCGAAUGAUAACAUGGCUUUAAUCCAUGACGACGAGUUCAUCCCAUUUAUCUCGACUUCUCCAUACUUUGAAUUGUACAUGUCUGUCAAAAAAGAUCCUGGAGCAUUCUCAUUCAAAGUCACUUGGUCGAAUUAUGUCCAACUUCGUCAUUCCGCAGUUUUUGAAGGCGACUCUUAUAAUGGAUCAUAUUUAGGAAACUUGUUGGACAUGCGGAAUCGGCAAAUAGUUUCCAACAGUAGCCAAUUGACAGUCUACACGUUUGGAUUGAGUGAGAUCUAUGAUUAUGUGCUGUAUAUGGGAGUCGAUGCAAAAGAAUGGCACCCUAAGGAUUUACGAAGAAAAAUUGAUAACCUUCUGACGACGGUGAACGAAUCCGAUUACAAUUACAAGUUCCCUAUGGUUGUCAAAAAUAAUGUGAAGUUCUAUAUUAUCGAUCGAGAUGCCCGUGCUAUAAUCCCUCUGAACAGUGGAGACCGUUUGAGCUAUUACACUGUUGCUCCUGGUCGCAUUGUGAAUAUUCAUUCAUUCUAUUAUCGACAAUUAAGCAGUCAACAAUACACAAAUGAAACUUACACCACCAACAGUAAAGAUGUAAAAGUGUAUUUCAACUUGAAUGUGAAAAGUUUUGAUGUGAUCGGGCCCACGUAUUUGGAUAUCAGCGUUUUUCGAGAUGACCAAGAGGUCUUCCAACAGAGAUACAAAGAAACCAACCGUCCACCUACUACCACUCUCCGCGUUCUUGGAGAUAAGAUUACUGUAACUUAUGACACCUUAGGGUACAAUACCACAGGUUUUGAAAUCAACAUGUUCUGCACGGAAAAUGACCAAACAACGACCACUAGAAGCACUACUUCUACUUCAACUACAGCAAUUGUCACUACUACAACCAUCCCGACUACAACUCAGUCCACUACGCCGACGACUACGCCGACGACUACAACGACUAGAAGAAGAAUUAUAACCACGACUAGAAGAACAAUUCCAACUACAACUAGCACAACAAUGAAAACUACAACUAGACGUAUUGUAGCAACUACAAAGUUCUCUGUUAUUCACAAGUGUUCUCAUAUAACGUGUUCUCUGUAA